UGUGAUUUCAUUACACGUAUUAAAGUUAUUGAUUUUACACUUUUCACCAGGUAAAAAAAUUAUACAUAAUCUCCACGAUGAGCUCGUUUCGACGCGAUAAAAAGGAAGAAGAGGAUAGCGGUGCAAGCGUUUUUCAAAACCUUGAUAAAACUACAUUGCUACAAGAGACUCGUUACUUCAAUUCGACCCCGGUGAAUCCUAGAAAAUGUAUCCACAUUUUAACAAAAAUAAUUUACUUAUUAAAUCAAGGCGAGAAACUUACAACUCAAGAAGCUACAGAUAUGUUUUUUGCUACUACUAAAUUAUUUCAAUCGAAGGAUGUCGUGCUGCGUCGCUUAGUUUAUCUUUGCAUUAAGGAACUUAGUUCAAUGGCACAGGAUGUUAUAAUCGUUACUUCAUCUCUCACUAAAGAUAUGACUGGGAAGGAAGAUUUAUAUAGAGCUGCAGCGAUUCGAGCACUCUGUAGCAUUACAGACAGUAGCAUGUUGCAAGCUAUUGAACGCUAUAUGAAACAAGCUAUAGUUGAUAAGAAUCCUGCAGUAAGUUCAGCUGCUCUUGUUUCUGCCCUGCAUUUAUCUGCUACAGUUCCUGACUUAGUGCGGCGUUGGGUCAAUGAUGCGCAGGAAGCUAUUAUGUCGGAUAACAUAAUGGUUUCGUACCACGCUCUUGCAGUAGUAGCUGGGGCCAGGAAAAAUGAUCGUUUGUCGACAGUGAAACUUGUUACAAAACUUGCCCGUUCUCCUUUGCGCUCGCCAUAUGCACUGUGUCUUCUGGUGCGUCAUGCCGCUAAAUUGGCUGAAGAAGAUCAAAGCGAGGCUUCAGAACCAUAUUUGGAAUUCAUAGAGUCAUGUCUCCGUCACAAAUCAGAAAUCGUUGUUUAUGAAGCAGCUCAUGCCAUAGUUAACUUAAGGAAGUCUGCUAGAGAUCUUGCGCAGGCUGUGAGCGUAUUACAAAUAUUUUGCGGUUCAUCAAAGGCUACCUUAAGACUUGCAGGUGCCCGUACUUUAGCACAACUAACAGCAAAACAUCCUAAUGCUGUUGCUGUUUGCACAGUUGAUUUGGAAAAUUUAAUAUCAGACCCUAACCGUUCUGUGGCCACUUUAGCUGUUACAACAUUGCUUGCAACUGGAGCUGAGAGUUCUAUUGACCGCUUAAUGAAACAAAUUGCAUCUUUUAUGUCUGAAAUAUCUGAUGAAUUCAAAAUAGUAGUUGUUCGUGCUAUUAGACGUCUCUGUUCUAAAUAUCCCCGAAAACAUCAGUCCCUUGCAUCAUUUUUGGCUGGGAUGCUGCGUGAGGAGGGUGGUGUACAAUAUAAGACAGCUAUUGCAGACACUAUUAUUGCUUUAGUGGAAGAAAACCCUGACGCCAAAGAAACAGGCUUAGCUCACCUUUGUGAGUUCAUUGAAGAUUGUGAGCAUUCAUCUUUGGCUGUCCGUAUACUGCAUGUUUUAGGGCGUGAGGGUCCGAAAGCUCGUCAACCGUCUAGAUAUAUCAGAUAUAUUUACAAUCGAGUGAUACUAGAAUCUGGACCAGUUCGUGCAGCCGCUGUGUCAGCAGUUGCUCGGUUUGGGGCUUCGCGUGAAGAACUGCUGCCUAAUAUAAGGGUUCUCUUAGCUCGUUGUCAUUUGGAUGAUGAUGAUGAAGUUCGCGAUCGAGCUAUAUUUUAUAGUGCCAUUUUGGACUCCAAUGACAGGCAACUUAUUGAAGAUUAUAUCAUCAAUGUAUCAGUUCCAAAUCCGGUUCUUUUAGAAAAAGCUCUCAGUGAUCACAUUGCUCUUCAACCUGAUGAACCUUUUAAUAUUUCAACCAUACCAACAGCAGAAGAACCAAAUGAGAGCGAAGAUGUACCUCUUCAAGUUGAAGUAUCAAAACAACCUGUUGUAUCUCGUGAAGAACUUUACUCGGAACAGUUGAAAAUAGUGCCUGGUAUUGAAAAACUUGGACCUAUUUUCAAAACAUGCGAGCCCAUUGAUCUUACAGAGCCAGAAACUGAGUAUCGGGUACGCUGCGUGAAACACAUAUUCACACGACAUUUAAUUUUGCAGUUUGAAUGUUUGAAUACACUUAAUGAUCAGAUCUUAGAAAAAGUUCAUAUUCGCCUUGAUGCUCCUCCUGGAUAUAUCAUCCUGGGAGAAGUUGCGUGUGAAAAACUACCAUAUGAUAAACAAGGCAGUGUAUUUUGUGUGCUACAAUUUCCAACAAAUCCAAUAGACACUUUGGGAACCUUUGGUGCCACUCUAGAGUUUGUUGUACGAGACUGUGAUUCGACAACGGGUUUGCCCGAUGCUGGAGAGGGCUAUGCUGAUACAUAUCCUUUAGAGGAAGUUGAAAUUGGAUGCGCUGAUCAAUUUAGAACACGAGCUCCGACGGAUGAGUGGGAAUCUUCCUGGGAAAGAGGAGCUACGGCAGCAGAAGCCAGUGACACAUUUGGAUUAUCCCAAACAGAUGUCAAUGAAGCCGCUGUUGCAGUUUGCGAACAUUUAGGGUUACCAAAAGCAGCGAUUGGAGGAGACGCCGUGAAAGAAAUCCGCGGCGGUGGUCUAUGGCGGGAAUGUACUCCAAUGCUUGUCCGAGCUCGUUUAGUAUCAGGGCAAGGUGCUGUUACAAUGCAACUGACUGUCCGAUCUCCUCGGGAAGACAUUGCUACGUUAAUUUUAGCUGCAGUUGGCUAAACAUCACUUCUAUUCAUUCACGUCAUUUUAAUGUUAUUAGAUGUUGUGGUCAUUUAUAUUACUAUUCUAUGUGUUAAUUUGUAAGAAGAAUGUCUAAGUAAACAUAUUUGAUUAUAUUAAAAUAAACAAUUGAUGUAUUAACGUCAAUCUUUUUAUUAUGUCCAAUUUUAUAUAAUUCAUUUCAUUAACUAUAACUAUUAUUGUAUGUUUAGAAACUUUGGAAUUCGCUUCAAUUCAACAAUGAUAGUUGACAUUUCCGUCAAUGAUGUUUACCCUAGAUACAUACUGCUGCUAUAGUUUUUGUGAAAUUUAUAUUGUCUUAAUAAUUAAAAUGGUGUAAAAUUAA